GUGAGAUAAUGCAGCGAAUGAUUCGACAGUUUGCUGCUGAAUAUACCUCAAAAAAUAGCUCUACUCAGGACUCCAGCCAGCCCAACAGCACAAAGAACCAAAGCUUGCCGAAAUCACCCUCUGGACAAAGUUCUCCUCCCCCUGCAACUACUCAGAAUCCUGUGCUUAGCAAGCUUCUCAUGGCUGACCAAGAUUCCCCAUUAGACCUCACCGUCAAGAAGCCCCAGUCAGAAGAACCCUGUGAGCAAGACGGAGUGCUUGAUCUGUCCACUAAGAAGAGUCCAUGUUCUGGUAGCACACAUUCAAGCAUUUCUCCAAGUACCUCAAAUGCUAUAGGGAAUGGGCGACCUGGGAGAUCCAGCCAGCACCGUCCAGAUGGACUUCCACGCAGUACUGAUGGGGUGCCUGCAAGAAGUUUGCUGGAUGCAACCAGGGAAACUUAUGGCCACUCCACACCCCUAAAAGUGCCAUUGGCUCGCUCCUUGCAGAUUAGUGAGGAAUUGCAUAACAGAAAGCAAUUUUCUACAGCUGCCAGCCAUGGUUCAUCUGGACUGCAGAAUCAAGGACAGCAUUUGAUCUUAUCCAGGGAAGCUUCUUGGGCAAAGUCACACUAUGAAUUAAAUUUUGGCCGCAUGAAAUAUAGGGGUAAUGGUGCACUCAGCAACAUCAGUGACCUGCCUUUUCUCACAGAAAAUUCAAAUGCCUUUCCAAAAAAUAUACAAAACAAACACGAAAUUAAAAAGGAAAUGGGCCUUUCUUCUCCAGUCGAUUUAAAAAUUCCACAGGUCCGUGGUAUGGAUCUGUCGUGGGAGUCCCGCAGUGGGGAACUGUAUAAUUACAACUCUUUGGUUAUGGGUUCACAAACAGAGAGCGCACUUAGCAAAAAAUUAAGGACUAUCCUUCCAAAGCAAAAUCGGAGAAAUAUAUUGGAUUCUACCACUGAUUCCUGGAGCUCAGAUGUUGAGCAGUCUACCUCUGGACAGCCAUAUUCCACGUCCGACCAAGAAGGGGACCCUGGCUCUAAGCAACCAAGGAAAAAAAGAGGGAGAUACAGACAGUAUAACAGUGAGAUAUUGGAGGAGGCUAUCGCCGUUGUCAUGAACGGCAAAAUGAGCGUUUCCAAAGCGCAGAGCAUUUACGGGAUUCCACAUAGCACACUGGAGUACAAAGUCAAAGAGAGGCUAGGCACAUUAAAAAAUCCUCCAAAGAAAAAAAUGAAACUGAUGAGGUUGGAAGAACAGGAUGUUGCAGUAAAAAGUGAACUGGAACCUCAGGAUGAGGUGGAGGUGUCCCCAAGUGCAAAUGAUUCAAAAGAUGACUAGGCAUGCAGUAAAGUCC